AUGGCGGCGAUGGCGGCGGCGGGGCCCGGGCCGGGGGCGGCGGGGGUCGCGGGCCGCUUGGCGGGGCUGUCGCUGGUGCAGCUGAAUGAGCUGCUGGAGGACGAGGAGCAGCUGACGAGCAUGGUGCAGGAGAUGGAGGAGACAGAGAACGUUCAGCUUAACAAAGAGAUGACUCUUGCCAACAACCGAAGCCUGGCAGAAGGAAAUCUUUUGUACCAACCACAGCUGGAAACUUUGAAAGCCAGUUUGACCCAAAAAUACCAGGAGCUACAGGUUCUCUUUGAAGCCUAUCAGAUCAAGAAAACCAAAUUAGAUCAGCAGUCCAGCAGUGCUUCUCUGGAGACGUUGCUAGCCCUUCUUCAAACAGAGGGAGCCAAGAUUGAAGAAGAUACAGAGAACAUGGCGGAGAAGUUCCUUGAUGGAGAGGUCCCACUCGAUUCAUUCAUCGAUGAAUAUCAAAAUAAACGGAAACUAGCCCAUUUACGUCGAGUAAAAAUUGAGAAACUUCAGGAAAUGGUGCUUAAGGGCCAGAGACUUCCAAAGGCCCAAGUCCAGCUGCAGCCCAGGGUGCCAGAUCCAACACCAGUUCCUAUGGUGCCCUACCCAGCUUCAGAUGCCAGUGUGCCCCCGUCUGUUGUGCCCCGGCGCAUCCCUCCACCACCACCCCCAGUCCCUGCUGGACGGUUCGCGACUCCAUUUACAGUGGCCAUGGGAUCAGGACAGGCUCUUCCUUACCCAGGAUUACAGUGCCCUCCUCUUCCCCCCAGGGUGGGCCUUCCAUCUAUUGGUCACAAUCCUCAGCCAGGAUACCCUCCUCAGUUUGCAUCACCAUACCCUCCGGCCCUUCCUCAGAGACCUCCUCCGAGGCUUCCUCCACAUCCUGGCUUCAUCCUUCAGUGAGUCUGCAGCUGCACCUCCAUCCCUGGGUCAGUGCUUAGAGUUUGUAUUACUCCUUCCCGUGAAACUCUUUCCCCAUCUGUUGGGGAACCUUCUGGGCUCUGCACGCAUGGGAGGAGAAAAAGGUCAGACUGUCUUGUCUGGGGGCUCCAUUUCUCAUGGGGCAAGAAUGUGCUGUGUUUUUAGAAUCCUAGUUCCUUUGGUAGGUAGUAUGAUGCCACUUGAUUUGUAUAAGUCCAGCAGGUUUUAUAAGCUGGGCUGGAGAAAGAAGCUGACCUACUCUAGGUUUGUUUGUGGCUCUCAGUGAGAUCUCUUAAUGUUCUAGUGCUGAGAAAUUUGGGUUACGAGAAAAGCUUAGGUACCUGCCCUCGUUCCAGCCACAUCUAGAAUUGUGUUCCCGUUGCAGUUCACUUCAGCAUGUUUGAUUCUAGUUUGGUUUUCAAAAGCCAAUUCCAUAUUGAUCAGGCCAGUAUUGGGUGGUAACUGCCUUUGCUUGGGGGCAAAGCAGCACUCAGGCUCUCUGCUGCUUUUAAAAUCCCAGGUGGGCACAGUGGGUAUUAAAUUGGGUGUAUUUACUUUCUACAUGGAAUCUGAUUUGGGGGGAAAAUCAUUACUAGCACCCUCCACCUCUCACCCCCCCCCUCCCAACCUUGCUGCUUUUAAGAUGCUUAGAAGCCGCAACGCAAAGUUUGCACUUGCCUAAAUGCCGUCUCCACCUCCAGAGCCUCAGAAAUCCAGGCCCUAUGGAGAGGACUGGAGAGAGAAGUGGGACCUGGGCUUUUGUAUUAAGGAUUCUAUACCUGAUACUUUCUCUUCAUCCCUGUCCUUCCCAUACCUGACCCCAAAGAGCUCGCCCCCAAUAAUUGCCACUAAGAAAUACUCCAAAAAUAUUUUUACAACUUGUGAAAUUUUCCUGUUUUCUACAAAAAAAAGUUUGAUGCUCACAGCACCAUUCAGGGAAACUAUCCAAAAUAGAGAAUACUUAUCGUGCAGGUAAAAUGCAAAUUCCUCUCUUGCAAGUAAUGCAUUGUUGCACGUGUGUGCCGUGCCUUAGGAUCGAUCACUGUUGGUGAUUGGACUUGUGACCCGGGCUAGCCUUUCCAAUCACCUGGUGGCCAUAGCUUCCUUUUGGACUCAAAGGGCUCCGGAAUAGGCUUGCUCUAGUCUGGCUUGGGAGCGUCUCCUCUAGAGUCGAUGGCUCUCCUUUCAGGGAAAGGCUUUUUCUUAGGAUGGCGCUGAUGUUCAUCCGUCUGCAAAAACAGAAGAAAAACCCUCUCCCGUUGAGCCUGAAAUGUCAUAUUUUCUGCGCUCUGUGUGAUGUGCAGAUGGGGAGAGAUUCUGAAUAUGGUGCUUCAGGAAACAUGGUGUUUGGGGAGCGGGGGAGGGGGGAGGGACUACGGAAAACAUUUCAAAUUGGUUUGCAGGAAGGACCACAGAUGAUGGGGAUGGAUAGAGGAGGCCAAGGUUCUUAGUAGCCACAUCGACAGAUGCUUCCCCUCUGAUAGUGAACUCUGUAUCGUACCAUCUGGUUAAGCCUCAGCCUCAGCGUUGUGGCUGUGGCCAGGGACGCUGCCCAGCUGCUCCGAAAGGGCCUCUGAGCGUCCCCAACCUGAAACAGGCAGGCCUCCCCCACCCCGGGCAGCACGUGUCAGCGGCAGCUUCUGGGGUGUUGAUGGUCAACUUCAAAGAAGGUUUGAAAGGUGCUUGAACUUGGAGAAAGGUCCAGCUGCAAUGGGCGUCCUCUCUGUCUGACUGCUGGCAGCUCGUGCCAACUUUUGUACCCAUUCCUGUAAACAGUUGUGAUUCUGUACUUGAACUCCACUGGACAAUCGACCAUUUUAAAAGAAAACAAACUCUAAUAGGAUGCUAGGUGCCACGUCAGUCAAGUGGACUUGCCAGUUAUUAUCGAUGGUUGAAAUGCCAUUGCUGUUAUACCUCCUCAGCUGUGCUCCACUCUUCAAGGAAAUCUGGCUCCCACAGCCAUCGAGUCAGCAGCCAAAAGUACUUACCUUUGUGGUUUGUUUUUGAGAUUAUAAAAAUGGCACGAAGAGGCUGGCUCUGUCCUCUCCUUCCAGGGGCCACGUAUGGAACUGUGAGUGUAGGUCUGUAGGAAACUUUAAUGAAAGAACUGAUUAUUAAUAAUUAUCUUGUCAUUGUCCGCCUGGGGAAUACUUACAGUAUGUUCUAUUCUAGAAUUCCAGCGAUCAAAGUUCUGGAAGAAACUGGACGAUCAAAACAGCUUAGAUAUGUCUGUGUGCUGCCUCUUCCCAACGGUGCUGGAGUUUGCUUGUUCUCCCUUGUUCAGCGCCCCUGAGUAAUCGAACACUUCACGCUGACUGCCUUUGAAAGAAGGCAACAACAGCUUCCCUUCCUCCUGUUGGGGAACUUCCCUUUUACCCCAGGAACAGAGAAUGGACGUUGAUGGUGGGUUCUCAGAGGUGAUGCUAGUGAGGAGCACCAAAGUACAGGUUUCUGUAAAUCAGCUACCUUGAUCCCAAACACCUGUCUGGGGCAGCUUGACAGGUCGGGUAGGGUCGGGUUGGACAAAUGUGAAAGCCUGAGACGGGCUUAAUCUGAGCUGGGUAACUAAGGGGGGGCCCUUUGUGGAUACCGUGACCUCCGGUUAUUUCCAAUAAACAAUAGAACUUCAACGGCA